UAUAGAGAGAGGUAUUAUAAACAGGUACAAAUUUCAAGAAAACAUGUACGCUCAACGUACUUGAACGCAAAAUACAUUAACUACUAGUGCGAUCUGGAAGCCAUUCAAACUUCGUAUUCUUCAACUAUUUGAAACGCGUGAUAAACUGAAGGAUGACAGACAUGCCUAAUCUGGAUAUUAGUGAAAAGUUGAUGCCAUGUACCUUCAAGUUCCACAAUUUUAACAUCAAAGUUGGCGACGUCACUAUAAGUUGUGAAAUCAUAAAAAUGGAGGAUUGUUUAUAUUUAUGGAUAGGAGACUGCGCUAAUCCCAACAUGAAUGAUCUAUCUUUUGCACUUAUGUCAAGGUUUGAAAGACAGCCCAUUGCAACCAAGAUUAUGGGUGCUGUGGCAGAUCCUACGUCUACAAACGUAGCUAGCAGAUUGAGUAUGAAGCUGGGAAAGCCAGUGUAUGUUAGUUUUAACGCAACAGCGAACAAUAUAACGUUGCCAGCAAUUGAGAAGGGAAUUCAAGAGGAAUUUAAAACACAUGCAGAUCUGUUGAGUUUCUGAUUAUUUGGAACAUGAAUAAUUACUCAAAGAAAUUAUUUAUAAGAAACUUUUAUAAUAUUUGCAUAAUUAUUAAUAUAUGUAUAAUCUUUCAUAAUUCAACAAUUGAAAAACUUGUUAAGACGAAUUAUAAUUUAUUAACAUUAAUAAAAGAGUUUUAUUAUAAGGAAA